AUGUCCCUCAAUUACCUUCGGGAAAGUAGAACUCAACAGGGUGUUGCUCCAGAGCCAGCUGAUCAUAAGGAUAAAAGGAAAUCAAAGGGAAAACAAGAUCAAACUCAAGAUCAGACUCACGCUCAGCGAAAACCCAGGCAAAAAAGGCGUGUAUCCUACGACAGGACCGAACCGGAGGAUGACGACGUGGUGAGAAGUAUCGUUCGGCUGCGGGAGAAGCUGGGCUGGCCGACCGCACUGCCGCACCAUCGCCUGGAGCACGCAGGUCCCCAGAUCGCAGCUCAGAAGAUCCUCCUAAAGAAACCUUUGAAAGAUGAUGGAGAAUUUGUAUACUGUCUUCCCCGGAAAAACCCUAAAGUCUUCUAUAAUGCGUACGACCUUCAGAUUGUCUCUGCCCACAGAGCCCGGCACCGCAGGGAAUUCUGGACUGUGACCGCGUCCUUCGUCUCAAAGGUUACCAGAGUGGAUGGCGUGGAAGAGGCAGAGCUCACGCCUUCUCUGGAGUGGCUGGUGGAGAGGAGAUAUUACUACUUGCUGCAGCAGUUCAAGAUCUUUUCCAACUUUCGGGUUAACAAAGCAUUUGUUACUUGGAAAUGUAAUGUUAAAAGAAUUAAGACAGAUAAGAGCAGGUCAUUUUUGUCCCAGCACCUGUUCUGGGCCGAUGAGCUGUUUCAAGCCUGCUUGCUUUACAUAAAGGGACUUUGUGAAGACGCCAUUACUCCCCACAAUGCUGAUGAACAUGAAGACAGUCCGCCUGCCAUAUGCCUUGUGAAGCUGGACCGGUACCGGACGUACUCUCUGGACGAGUUCUGUGAGGAGCAGUCACAGCAGGCUUCCCACGCGCUGGCACAGCUCCAGGCCAUCAGGGAUAAGGCUAUUUUGGAGAUGAAAAGAACGAUCUUCAAGGUGGCAGAAAGGGAGGAAGUCAGAGAGUGCUUUGCGGUGGAGUUCUCCAAGGACAACACGACGUAUUUCAAAGUGCCCAAGUGCCGGCGUUUCUUCCACAUGGUCCUGCGGUUCCUCAUGCUGGUGGACUGCCUGUUCCAGGAGCUGGUGCGCCAGCUGAUGAACGCGGCGGCCACGCUGCUCUUGGAGUUCUUCAGUGACUCCGCCCGAGUGCCGUUAUCCAAGGAGAAAAGGAAUGAACACCUCAUCAGAAUAUACGAGGACACCUCUCCUUUUAUUGGAAAUAUAAGGGCUGCUAAAGAAUUUGUUAAUGAUUCAAACCUACGAGCUACUUCUCCUGGAAAGACAGAAAUAAAAACAGACCUUGAUAUUGAGAUUUCGAAUAGCAUUGCAGUGGAUAAGGAUUUGAGAAAAAUACAUGCACCGAUAUUCGAAGUAAAUCUGCGCUUGAGGAUUCCUGGAGAGAGUGAUUCUCCCGAAAAUUCUGAGGAGAACUUGCUAGGGUCUGCUGAGUGCUCUGAAAAAUCGGCGAUGCGUGAGGAAGAGGAAACACCAAAAAGUGAAGUCAGCGGCGUCAUAAAACACGCGUGUGAUGUACACCGAAGAACGAAACCAAAAAAACCGAAUGACAACCCUGAAGAAGUUCUCUUAGAAUUCCCCACAAACGUCUUUAUUGCUCCCAACAGACUGGAGUUUUCGGUAAAAAUUCAAAACAUGGUGACUGGCAUUGAAAAAUGUAUAACCAAGAUUACUCCGCUUUGCCAAGACCCCCGCCUGUCUGUCUUUACUGAGUUGAUUUUAACUACGGACUUAUCCAGUAAGUUACAAGGUAUAAUGGACUCGAAGAAGAAAACCGGAUGGCCGGACUGCCACAUCCUUUUUGAAAUGGAUCCUGUCUACCAAAACAAAAUUGUGAGCGUCCUGACCAUCACGGGGAACUUAAUGUGCCUCGUCAGUGCGUACUGCUGCAGGUUCACAAAGUACUGUGCUAUGGUGGAGAGGGCCAAACUCAUGAGCCUGAAAAUAGCGUCUGUGCACAAGCUGACCGCCAUCGAGUUUAGAGCUGUACUGUCCAAAUUCAGAAAGUACCUCAAACAAAUUAUCAUCAUGGCCGUUGAGAAGCGCAUUGGUAUUUUCAACGUUGCAAGCCUCGAUUACCAGUCACAAUGCUUGCCGUACGUUGAGGAUAUCAUACGGAUAAGCCAGGACCUCCUGCGAUCUAUAAUUGAAAAAAAGAAUGCAGAUCUAUUGGAAGUUGUAGAAUCGUCCUUGCGAGAGCUGGAGCGGGAUCCCAAGGAAAUAGAAGAGUUUUUGGAGCAUUUUACCUUCUUGGAUGCCGUCUCCUCAAAAAUAUCUCACUUAGAGAAGGAGUACUCAACGGUCACUCAGCUGUACUCCGUGCUAAGGCAUUACCAGAUCCGCAUUUCAGAAGAGCAGGUCGCCUUGCACAAAAUCCUGCUCAUGAAGUUCACCCAGCUGAAAGCUGCUAUGAAGCUAAGCCAGACGAACAAAGGCGCUGCGAUUGCUCAGUUCAAAGACAACUUGGAAGCGUUUGUCACUGGCCUCCGGGUGGACAUCAGCAAUUUGAAGGCCAAAACGAGCACCCCCAUCCUCCUCCACGCUGGCACUCGCAUGUCCAUGGCGACGGAGAUGAUCCAGACCCUGUCCCAGGAAGCCGCCAGCCUCGCUAACAAAGUGAAGAUAUACACCAGCUACCCGGAUUACUUCUCUGACGCCAAGGCCCACGUGCACACUUUCAACCUGGAAGAGAUCGCACAGGUUGCGCUGUCGGAGAUCUCCAACAUUGAGUAUGACUUGACCUUAAGGAAAAUAUUAUGGGACGCCCAAGAGGAGUGGGGCACACUCUUUCAGGAGUGGAGGAACAGCACUCUUCGCAAUGUCGACACAGAAUCGAUCCAGAGAAACGUUUCAAAAUGGAUGAACAUAAUCUUCGUGCUAGAAAAAGGGCUGCCCAGGAACAACAUGGUGGCGCACCUCAAGCAGUCGGUGACGGACUUCAAGCAGCAGCUGCCCAUCAUCACCGCCCUGGGGAACCCCUGCCUCCAGCCCCGGCACUGGAACGCCCUCCAGGAGGUUAUCGGCAAGUCCUCCUAUCUCCACAAAAACUGUACGGUAGAGAGCCUCCUAGCGGUCAAGAUGUUUCAGUACGAAAGUGAAAUAAAUGAAAUAUCAACCGCGGCCACCCGUGAAAGCGUUCUUGAGAAAAUGUUCUUUAAGGUCGUCGACCUCUGGAACACGACCCCGCUGCACUUGGUCCUGCACCACACGGAGACCGGCGGCGCCAUCCUCAUCAUCUCGUCCCUCGACGACUUGCUGGCUCAGCUGGAGGAGUCUCAGAUGACGCUGGCCACAGUCAAGGGGUCCUCCUACAUCGAGCCCAUUAAGCAUCUUGUGGAUAAAUGGGACCAGAACUUGGCUCUCUUCUCGUACACGCUCGAGAAAUGGGUGAACUGUCAAAGAUCGUGGCUUUCUCUUGAACCAGUCUUUAAUUCUCUAGAAAUACAAAGACAGCUCCCAGGAGAAGCAACACUCUUCUCGCAAGUGAUAUCCAUGUGGAAAGAAAUAAUGUUAAAAGUACAAAACAAACUAGAUGUUUUGCAAGUAGCCACCUCUACGGGAGUUCUUGAAACUCUGCAAAAUUGCAAUGUAUCUCUUGGAUAUAUAAAGAAAAGUCUUGAGGACUACCUUGAAAUUAAAAGGAUGAUGUUCCCCAGGUUUUACUUUCUCAGCAAUGCCGAGCUGCUUCACAUUCUAGCUGAGAGCCGAAAUCCGGAGUCUGUCCAGCCGUACCUGGUGAAAUGCUUUGAAAACAUAAAGCGACUGUUGAUAUGGAAACAAGAAGUCGGCCCCCCGGCGGUGCUCAUGCUCAUAUCCGCGGAAGGAGAGACGCUCAUGCUGCCCAAGAAAAUUCGUGUAAGAAAUGCUGUAGAGCAGUGGCUGGUAAACGUAGAGAAAAGCAUGUUCGAUGUGCUGAAAAAGUUUGUGAAGCAAGGGAUUGAGGACUGGAGCCAGCAGCCCUUCGCCCUGUGGGCGGUGUCUCAUCCCGGACAAGUGGUGCUCACUGUGAGCCUGAUCAUGUUUUACAACGACUGUGUCACGAGUUUUGGGAGCUCUCACCCUCGAGAGGAGCUGGAAAGAACCCUCGAGAGGAUCCUGGGCCGCCUGGAGGAGACCGCGGAGCUGGUGGUGCUGGGCUCUGGCAACACGCGGACGAAGACGGCGCUCGGGGCGCUGCUCACCCUGCACGUGCACUGCAGGGACGUGGUGAGGGGUUUGCUGCUCAAAGGUGUCUUCAGUGCAGAGGACUUCGAGUGGACGAGGAAUUUGCAGUACAAAUGGAAUGACAAACAGAAGCUGUGCUGUGUGUCUCAGGGCGAGACCAGCUUCACCUACGGCUACGAGUACCUGGGCUGCACCCCGCGCCUGGUGGUCACGCCCCUCACCGACAGGUGCUGGCUGACGCUCACCGGAGCUCUGCGCCUGAAUCUCGGAGGCUGCCUCUCCGGGCCGGCGGGCACGGGGAAAACCGCGAGUGUCAAAGAUCUAGCAAAAUCCUUAGGUAAACAUUGUGUGGUCUUCAACUGUUUUGAGGAUUUGGAUUAUAAGAUCAUGGGGAAAUUCUUCUUCGGGCUGGUGCAGUCAGGAGCGUGGUGCUGUUUCGACGAACUCAACCGCAUCGACGUGGAGGUCCUGUCGGUGGUCGCCUCGCAGAUCCACACGAUCAAGGCCGCCAAGGACAGCUACUCCGUCCGGUUUGUACUGGAAGGAAGAGAGAUUCGUAUCAAUUUGUCUUGUGCAAUAUUUGUCACCAUGAACUAUGGAUACAAAGGUCGAGUAGAUCUGCCAGAGAACUUGAAAUCCCUGUUUCGCCCGUUGGUGAUGAUGACGCCCCACUAUGAGAUGAUAGCUGAAGUAAUUCUGUUUUCCGUGGGGUUCAAAUCUGCCAAGUUACUCUCCAGAAAGCUGGUCACCCUUUAUGAAUUAGUGAGCAGACAGCUCUCACAGCAGGACCAUUAUAAUUUUGGCCUGAGGUUGCUGAAGACGAUUAUAAUUGAGGCUGGAAAGAAGAAACGCAAGUUUAAACGGGACACGAACGGCAGCCUCUCGGAACCAGAUGAAACUCUCAUCAUCAUCGAAGCAGUGAGAGGAGUGUGUUUGCCGAAGCUUCUUGCACAAGAUGUCUCACUCUUUGAACAGAUCAUAGGAGAUGUUUUUCCUCAAGCGACAGUUGCCAAAGUAAAUCAGAUCGCCUUGGAGAAAGUAAUAUUCAUUGCCACACAGCAGCUGGGCUUACAGCAGUUGCCGGCCCAGAAAGAGAAAAUCGUCCAGUUUCACAAUCAGCUUCAGGCGUUCGUCGGUGUGAUGUUAGUGGGCCCAACGUGUGGAGGGAAGACGACAGUCCGAAGAAUUCUCGAAAGAGCGUUGAUGUUAUUGCCCGUCGCAGACUCGUUGUCACCUGAAGACGAGGUCCCCAUGUCACAGAUUUCAGGAAGAAAAGGAAAAGUGGAUAUUUGUGUUUUAAACCCCAAGUGUGUCACUCUCAGUGAACUGUAUGGACGCCUGGACCCUAACACCAUGGAAUGGACCGAUGGAUUGUUAUCAGCAACGAUUCGGAAUUAUGUGCAUUUAAACACCGAAGGGGAUUCGAAGAAAGAUAACAUCCAUAAACUAAGGUCAAGAAUCUCAGAUGCAUCUAAUGUUUUCCAACUUCGUACCCCUGAUGAGGCAGAUAUGGACGAUAACAUUUUCAAGGAGAUAGCGAAAGAUGUUAAAAUGACAGAGAGUGAGAGGUUCGACUGGCAGUGGGUCGUCUUGGACGGCCCGGUGGACCCCUUCUGGGUGGAAAAUCUCAACUUGAUGCUGGAUGACACCCGGACGCUGUGCCUGGCAAACAGCGAGAGAAUCGCUUUAACCAAGAAAAUACGAGUGAUCUUUGAGGUGGACAGUCUCUCCCAGGCCAGUCCCGCCACCGUCAGCCGGUGCGGGAUGGUCUACAUGGAUCCCGUUGACCUGGGAUGGAAGCCUUAUGUGAAGUCCUGGCUUUUGAAGACUUCUAGGAUUAUGAGUCAAUCAGGAGUGGAUUAUCUUGAUUUCUUGAUCCAAAACAGUGUCAGAAGUGGGCUGGAGUUUUUAAAGAAGCAUCAGAAACUUCAGCCAUUUCCUGUGCAAGACAUAACGGUCGUUGUAACCCUCUGCAGAAUUCUCGAUGCUUUCUUUGAAUUCAUGAGUAAAAAUGGAGGCUUUGGGCAAUGUGACGAUGUGAAGGACACUUCAACUGAGGACAAAAGCUAUCCAUUUUCAAAACCGUGUGUCAAAUUCAAGGAUACGAAAGAGAGAACUGUCCCCUCCAAGGGGGAAAACAUAUGGUACCUGGAGAAGUAUCCUGACAAACUCAAGACAAUGAUUCAGAAGCUCUUUGUCUUCGCUUUCACCUGGGCGUUUGGGGGAACUUUAAGGCGUGAAGAUGAGCAUGAAAGUGACGUGCUGCUGUAUUCCAGUUUCAAACCUACGUCUCUCACGAGAGUAACCUACGAUUUUGAUGACCUUGUUCAUGAACUCUUUGAAAGCAACUCACUAAUAGACAUUAAGCUGCCGCCUGAAAAACACUCGGUCUUUGGGUACUUUGUGGACCUGCAGCAAGGCGAAUUCAUACCGUGGUCAGAGCUGCUUCCCAGCGUUCAGACGCUGAUUCAGAGAGGGACGUCGAUUCUAGCCGGCCCUCAGGAGUCCGGGGAGAACCUCUACAAGGUGACGGAAUGUGGGGAGACCAUCAACUUCAUCGCCACCAGGGACACGAGAUGCCUCUGCUUCCUCAUGAGCCUGCUCCUGAAGAACUCCUGCCCUGUGCUCCUCACGGGAGACUUUGGAGUUGGGAAGACGGCCACCGUCCACCAGAUGCUCGAGAAGCUCGAGGGCCCAGGAGGGCUGGACGUCAAGUACAGCUCGCUCCUAGGAGAAGUCCUCUUGUACAACGAGAUCAAAAAGUCCAGCCUGAGGCAGAAUAUCAGCAUCUUGCUUUCUGAAACUCACAAGGCAGCAACUGGCAAUCUAGAUAAGAUUACUAAAACGCCGGAAAAAUCGGAUGAGAUUCCAUUUAAAAGUAGUGAUGGCAACAAGGGAGUUACGGUGUCUACAAUAAAUUUCAACAUCAAAAUGACAGCUGCCAAAACCCAGGAGAUGAUUCUUAAGAAGCUGAGAAGGAGAACCAAAGACGCCCUGGGAGUCCCGAGAAGCAGCCGGGUGGUGGUGUUCAUCGACGACCUGAACAUGCCCGAGACAGACGCGUGCGGCGCCCAGCCGCCCCUGGAACUGCUCAGACAGUUACUAGACCUGGGAGGCUUUUACGACACCAAGAAAGUUGCAUGGAAGAACGUUCAAGACCUGUCCCUAGUGGCAGCCUGCGUGCCCUCGGUGGGCAUCAGGGACGCGAGCCCACGCCUGCUCAAACACUUCUCCACCCUCGUGUUGCCACACCCCCCGCAGAGCGCCCUGUGCACCAUCUUCCAGGCUCAUUUGGGGAUCUACUUCUCCAUCCAUAACUUCGCGGCUGAUGUUCAGAAAAGUAAGGAUCAAAUAGUAUCUUGUUCUCUGGCCAUGUACUACCACAUGUGUGAGAAAAUGUUACCGACGCCAACGAAGUGUCACUACAUGUUCAACCUUCAAGAUACGUUUAAGCUCCUCCUGGGGCUGCUGCAGGCCGACAAGGCCGUCGUCAAUUGCAGGGAGACGGCCGCCCUGCUCUCUGCUCACGAAGCCGCCCGAGUGUUCCACGACCGCCUGAUUGAGCGAACCGAAAAAAGGCUCUUCUAUCAGCUUCUUUCAAAGGAACUUGAGAAUUAUUUCCAGAUUCAGUGGACCCAAGAGUCGCUGAUGAACGACUCAACCGUGUUUGUGGAUUUCUUGGACGUCAACAAGUCUCACAGAAAAAAGACCUACCAGCACACCAGCGACUAUGACAAACUUGCCAAGGUUCUGCACGAGUUCCAGAUGAAGCUGAGUUCGGCGUCUUUGGAGAUCUCCCAGUCCAUGGUGUUCUUCAAGGAGGCCGUGGAGCACAUCGUGCGGGCCGCGCGGGUCCUGCGGCAGCCGGGGAGCCACAUGCUGCUGAUCGGGAUUGACGGGUGCGGGAAGGAGGCCUGCGCGACCCUGGCCUGCCACCUGGCGGAGCACAAGGCCUACCAGAUGCCGGUGUCCCACAGCUACGCCUACGUGGAGUUCAGGGAGGACUUCAAAAAGGUGUUCGUCCAGGCGGGGCUGGACGGGAGCCCCACUGCUCUGAUGGUCUCCAACGUGACCCUCGACCAGGAGGCGCUCCUGGAGGACUUGAACAGCAUCAUCAGCCUGGGGAAGAUACCCGACAUGUUCGAAAACGAGGAGCUGGACUCUCUCGUGCUGAAGAUCAGAUCCGCCGCCGAGCAGACCAGUUACAUGGACAAUAAAGAAGCUUUGUUCUCGUUCUUCCAAAAGAGGAUACUAAAGAAUCUGCAUAUCUUCAUGAUAAUGAGCCCCACGGGGCCCCACCUGCGGCAGAACUGCCGGGCGUACCCCUCCAUGAUCUGCGCCUGCACCAUCGACUGGUACGAGAAGUGGUCGGAGGAAGCCCUGCUCCUGGUGGCCAACUCCUUCCUGAGGGAGAAGGUGGACCUAGAGCACAGAGGGAACUUGAAAGAGAAACUUGCCCCGACGUGUGUCCAGAUCCACAGAAGCAUCAAGGACUUGAACACGAUGUACUUCCAGAAGACGAGGAGGCACAACUACAUUACUCCCAGGAGCUACCUGCGAUUCAUAGACACGUUCGCCCACAUUCUGAGCUCACGGGAGAAGGAAAUGCAGACAAAGAGGGACCGUUUCCACGUGGGGCUGUCCAAGAUCCUGGAAGCGACGGCUCUGGUCAUAGACAUGCAGGAGGAGCUCCUGGUCGUCGGCCCCCAGAUAGAACAGAAAACACAGGAAAAAGAAACGUUGAUGGAAAAGCUACAGAAAGAUUCCCAGGUGGUGGAGAAAGUUCAGAUACUCGUUAAACAGGACGAGGAGAUCAUGGCAGAAGAAGUGAGAAUCGUGGAAAACUACGCGCAGACGACCACCAAUGAGCUGAAAAGCGUCCUGCCGGCCUUAACCAAGGCGACGGUGGCCCUGAACGCCCUGGACAAAGCCGAUGUCGCUGAGCUGAGGGUGUACACGCGGCCCCCCUUCCUGGUGCUGACCGUGAUGAACGCCGUGUGCAUCCUGCUGCAGAAGAAGCCGUCCUGGGCCACUGCCAAGCUGCUCCUCUCCGAGACCGGGUUCCUGAAGAAGCUGAUCAACCUGGACAAGGACAGCAUUCCUCAGAAGGUUUUCAUGAAGCUGAAGAGGAUUUUAGCCUUACCCGAUUUCAACCCCGGCAAGAUCGCUCUGGUUUCCAUUGCCUGCUGCUCUUUGUGCGAGUGGAUCAUAGCUCUGAACAACUACAACGAGGUCCAGAAGCUGGUGGGCCCUAAACAAAUCCAAGUGGCUGAAGCUCAGAAUGUUCUAAAAAUUGCACGACAAAGGCUGGCCGAGAAGCAAAGAGGUUUGCAGCUGGUUGAAGAACACCUGCUGUUUUUGCAGGCCACCUUCCAAGAGGUCGUUGCUGAAAAAGAAGUGUUAGCGAGUCGAAGGAAGCUGGCCACCAGGCGCCUGCAGUGCGCCUCGGUGCUGCUGACCGCGCUGGAGGACGAGAAGACUCGAUGGCAAGAAACCAUCAACCGAAUAGACCGCAGGCUGGAGGGAGUGGUGGGUGACAUCCUCGUCUCGGCGGCCUGCCUCGUCUACAGCGGGGUCCUGACGGCCGAGUUCCGCCAGCUCAUCGUGAGCAGCUGGGAGACUAUCUGCGCGGAGCACGGCAUUGCUCUGUCCUCCAGCUUCUCUCUGGUGGACGUCAUGGCCCAAAAGCAGGAGAUCCGCCGAUGGCACCACCAGGGGCUGCCCCUCGGCCAGUAUCUGACGGAGAACGCCAUCCUGAUCAAGAACGGCCUGCAGUGGCCGCUGCUCAUCGACCCGCACAAGCAGGCCUACAUCUGGAUCCGGCAGAUGGAAGGCCCGAGGCUGCAGGAGCUCUCGGCCGAGGACAGCAGCUCCAUCCGCAAGAUCGAGCAGGCCAUGAAGUCGGGAGGCAGCGUCCUCUUGCAGAAUCUCCCUGAAACAUUAGCUCCCAGUUUAAAGGCGAUUUUGAAGAAGGCCAUCUAUCAGAGAAGAGGAAAAUACUUCAUACGGGUUGAGGACUCUGAAAUUGAAUACAAUUCCAAAUUUAGGUUGUACAUCUCCACGGAAAUCGACAACCCGCGCUUCCCCCCCUUCGUGUACAACUUUGUUACCAUGAUCAACUUCACGGUCACGUUCCAAGGCCUGCAGGACCAACUCCUGUCCACCGUGGUGACUCACGAAGUGCCCCACCUGGAGAACCAGCGUUUCCAGCUGUUGGAGAGCAUUGCCCUCGACGCCGCGACUCUUGGAGAGCUGGAGGAAAAGGCGCUGAACCUGCUGCAGAGCACGCAAGGGUGCGUGUUAGACAACGAGGAGAUCAUUGACCUGCUGAGGCAAUCCAAAGUCACUUCCAAUGAGAUCUCAAGGCGCAUCAGCGCGACCAAGAAGGCGGAGAGCGAAAUUCAGGCGACCCGCAAAACCUACCUCCCGAUCGCCACGCGCGGGGCCCUGCUGUACUUCGUGGUGGCCGGCCUCGAGCACCUCAACCCCAUGUACCAGUUCUCGCUCGACUGGUUCCGCCAGGUCUUCAUCUCCACCGUCAUCUCCCGGGGCCAGGAGCAGGAAGAACCCAGUCUGCAAAGGGAGGAGUCCUACGUGAAACAACCUCCGGACGGCGUGAAGCUCCCCAGAGAACCCGAGCUGAAAUGCGAGAAAAACCCCUUGCAGAGGCAGCUUAAAAACUCUGUGGACGAGCUGACGAGAACGGUUCUCAAGGUGGUCACCUGGGCUCUGUUCAAUAAACACAAGCUCGCCUUCGCCUUCCUGCUCUGCACGGCGAUCAUGCGGAACAACGCCGCCGCCGCCGAGGGGAGCCCGCCCCAGGACGAGUUCGGGGCGCUCUCGGAGAGGGAGUGGAGCAUCUUCUUGUACUCGGGCAUGCUGGUCAACGCCAAAGGCCUGAUGCCACAUCCCAGGCUGGACAGCUGGUACGAGAGGCUCUGGGACGGGCGCCUGCAGUGGCUCUCGGGCCCCAGGUGGAAGCAGUGCCAGCACGUCGGCAGCCAGCUGGAGCCUUUCGCCCUGCUGUGCGAGUCCCUGCUGUCCAACGCGCCGCAGUGGGACGCUUUCCGGAACAGCGAGGCUGUCUACGCUCUGAUGAGCACGCCUUUCCAUCCGGGAAGCGCUUCGCAGGAGGAAGGGAGGAAAUCGCGGGAGGAAACCGAACUUUUGAACGAAAACGAAGAACUAUGCAGACCUGUGACCUUCCCCUGGGAGAAACUCACUCCGUUCCAAAGACUUAUCUUGAUAAAAAUCCUUAGGCCGGAACACUUAAUGAGUGCAGUGAGAAAGUUUAUCACGGAGAAACUAGGAGGCGAAGACAUUUACAGAAGCGGGCUGAACCUGAAGGAGUCGUACAAAGAGUCGAGCGCCAGGACCCCCCUGGUACUCAUUCAUGCACACGGGGUCGACCUCACCGACACCCUCCUGCAGUUCGCCCAGGAGCUGAAGGGGACCACCCAGCACGUGACCAUCCUGUCCCUGAGCCACGGCCGGGCAGCGAAAGCGGAAGACCUCGUGGCGAAGGCUCUGGGCAAGGCGGAGCAGUGGGUCCUCCUGCGGAACUGCCACCUCGCAGCGUCCUUUAUGCCCAAGCUGUGCGCCAUCGUGGAGUCGCUCGGCAGUCCGGUUGUGCCAGUAGACCCUGAGUUCCGGCUGUGGCUGGGCUCGGAGUCCGACGCCUCUUUUCCCAUCGCUAUUCUCCAAAAGAGUUUAAAGGUUACAGUGGAAAAGCCCAUCGGAUUGAAGAGUAAUUUACUUAAGAUGUUUGGAUAUAGUGGGAGUGGAGAGGUGACGGAAGAAAUAUUUGAGAAACCUGACUGCGGACCGUGGUGGAAAAAACUUUUAUUCGGCUUAUGUUUUUUCAAUGCCGUGGUCAAUGAAAGAAGAAAAUACGGAAUAUUUGGAUGGAACAUCGAUUGUGAAUUUAGCUCUUCAGAUUUCAAGGUCGCCGUAAUGAUGCUGGAGAAUGCCCUGAUGCAGCAGCCAACCGUGCCCUGGCGGAUGCUGCGCUGCCAGAUCGGGGACGUGAUCUACGGGGGCCGGGUGACCGAGCCCCGGGACCAGCAGAACCUGAGCUCCCUUCUGCACAGGUUCUGCAACCCGGACGUGCUGAGAGAGGACUUCAGCUUCUCCAGCGAGGAGCCAUGUCAGCCCAUGCCGAAGUCUGCACGCAUGAAGGAUUACGUGUGCCUCAUCCAGGCCUUACCUGAUGAUGACCCUCACGAGCUUUUAGGGUUGCACCCCGAGGCCAUGAGGGGCUUCAAGGAGACCCAGAGCCAGAAUUUCAUUGAUCACCUCAUGGCCCUGCAGCCGAGAGCCACCCCGGCCAGCCUCAUGAUCAGCCAGGAGAAGAGUGAGGACGAGCUGCUGAUGGGAAUCGUGUCCGACCUGCUGAAGCGGCUGCCGCUGACCGUGGAGAAGGAGGAGAACACGGGGACGCAGAGCACGCUGAAGGGCCUGAUGUCCAGCCCCUUCUGGGAGUUUCUUUAUAAAAAUGCCAAAGGCCAUGACCCCCUUAUCCACUGCGUCCUGCUAGCCUUUUUGAAGCAGGAAAUGGAACGAUUCGAUAAGUUGUUAUUUGUCAUCCACGAGUCUUUGAAAGAUCUUCAACUUGCUAUAAAAGGAGAGAUCGUCCUCAGCCAAGAACUGGAGGAGACACAAGAGUCCCUUCUCAAGUCGGCGGUGCCGCCGCUGUGGCAGAAAUACGCCUACAAGUCCUGUAAACCCCUGAGUUCCUGGGUUAACGACCUCAUCCAGCGACUGAAUUUCUUCAACACCUGGGCCAAAAUGGCAUUCGGGGAAAUCCACCAUCGGUACCUGCGGUUUAUCGCGGUGUGGAAGCGCGCGGUCCCAUCGCUUCACCCUGACCCCAGACGUCCUGUGGAGGAAGAGAGGGACUUCUUGGGAGGGUUUCCUGCGAGAUACUGGCUCCCGGCUUUCUUCUUUCCACAAGCCUUUCUGACCGCUGUGCUGCAAGACUACGGAAGGUCCCAAGGACUCUCGAUGGACACCCUCGCUUUCACCCACCACGUGGUCUCCGACACCACCGAGUGCAAUGAGGAGGAGCUCUCCAUCAUCACUCAGAAGCAGCUCAACAUUGUCAGGAGAGCCUUCAAGGCCAGGGACUCCACACACAUCGGCGUCCACGUGUUCGGCUUAUUCAUCGAGGGGGCGAGGUGGAACCACGGGGAAAAAGUCCUGGAAGACUCGCUGCCCCAGGAGCUGUGCUGCGAUUUUCCUGAAAUUCACUUCCUGCCCACCAAGAUUUCCACCGACACACCGGACCCGUCUCACCAGACAGAUUCGGAACUCUAUACUUUCGAAUGCCCGGUUUACCAGACGCCUGAGCGGUUAAGGACUUUGACAAGUGCCGGCUUGCCCUCGAAUUUGUUGACGUGGGUGUGUCUGCCCACGAAGAAACCGCCCAGUCACUGGAUCACCAUGCAGGCUGCGUUGCUGUGUGAGAAGAACGAGCAGUAGACUCGCGUCCCAGCCCGCCGGGUGUCGGACUGCAACCAGAUUUGCGUCUCAAGACUCGCAC